CAGCAAGUCUAAAGCAAACACACAAGCUUCACAUUUUUCACCAGCAAAGCUUUCACUUGUUGUGCAAGUCCUCCAUUCAUUUUUCUUCUUGUUGAGGAAGAUAUACCCAAUUCAAAACAAUGGCUAUUCGUAUGCCUCAUAUAAUUCAUGCUAAACAAGUCCUUCGACGGUCUUUAUCACCGAAAGCAAACCAAGCAGCCUCAGCAGCAGUUGAUGUUCCCAAGGGUCAUUUUGCAGUUUAUGUUGGAGAGAGCGAAAAGAAGAGAUUUGUAAUUCCGAUAUCAUACUUAAACCAACCUUCAUUCCAAGACUUGUUAAGUCAAGCUGAGGAAGAAUUUGGAUUUGAUCAUCCAAUGGGUGGUCUCACCAUUCCCUGCAGAGAAGACGUCUUCAUUAAUCUCACUUCUCGAUUGGGUAGAUCAUGAUUCAUGAUAGAACAAGUGCUAAGAUAUGUCAGCAAACACAAUUUGUAAAGCAGUAAUUAUGAUUUCUAUGUACAAAUUUUCUUUCUUUUCCUUUCAUCCAUUGAGGACGAGAGAAAAUGUCAUCGGAAUGUUACGAAGACAUUAAUGGAAUUCUCCCACAUUUAAAUGCAAAAGCUUCAUUUCAUUGAUA